CGAAUGGUCCUACUCUCAUGAUCUGACCAACACCUAUCUCUCUCUCUAUAUCUUUCGGCCGAUUCAGACCUAUACGAUCUAUAUCUAUAUGUAUAUGCAACUCUUAUCUGUAUAUACACUCUGUAGAUACAACUAUAUACAUACACGAAGUCAAAGGUUGCAGAUUGGGAGUGAAAAGUGACACUCUAUUCAUUAAUUUAAAAGAAAAAUUAUGGAAGACAAGUGUGCAAUUGCAAAAGAUGUUACUGAGCUGAUAGGAAAUACCCCAAUGGUAUAUCUCAACAACAUUGUGGAUGGUUGUGUAGCCCGCGUUGCCGCCAAGUUGGAGAUGAUGGAACCCUGCUCUAGCGUGAAAGACAGGAUUGGGUAUAGUAUGAUUCAAGAUGCAGAAGAGAAGGGCCUGAUUACCCCUGGGAAGACGGUUCUCAUUGAGGCUACCAGUGGUAAUACUGGCAUUGGCUUGGCAUUCAUUGCAGCUGCUAAGGGCUACAGGCUUAUUCUAGUUAUGCCAUCUUCAUAUAGUAUUGAGAAAAGGAUUGUUCUCCGAGCUUUUGGAGCAGAGUUGUACAUCUCAGAUAUAACAAAAGGUAUUGCUGGGGUUUUCCAAAAGGUUGAAGAGUUACUGGAAAGGACACCAAACGCUUUUUAUCUGAGGCAAUUUGAAAAUCCUGCCAACCCAAAGGUUCAUUAUGAAACCACUGGACCAGAGAUUUGGAAGGGCUCUGAAGAGAAAGUUGAUGCCUUAGUUGCUGGGAUAGGGACUGGGGGCACUGUCACCGGUGCAGGGCAGUUCCUCAAGCAGAAGAAUCCACAUAUAAAGGUCUAUGGAGUAGAACCAUCUGAAAGUGCUGUUCUGAAUGGAGGAAAACCUGGUCCGCACAUGAUCCAAGGAAUAGGUGCUGGUAUCAUCCCUAGUAUUUUGGAUGUCAACAUUCUUGAUGAAGUUGUUACAGUAUCUAGUGAAGAAUCUAUUGAAACUGCUAAGCUUCUUGCACUGAAAGAAGGUUUGCUGGUAGGGAUUUCAUCAGGGGCUGCUGCUGCUGCUGCAAUAAAGAUAGCAAAGAGGCCAGAAAAUGCCGGAAAACUCAUUGUUGUUAUUUUCCCAAGCUUUGGAGAGCGUUAUCUGUCAACAAUACUUUUUGACUCCUUUAGGCAUGAGGCAGAAAACAUGGCUAUUGAAUGAGAUUUAUUUCUCCUUUCUGCUGAGCUUUUUUUUUUUAUUAUUAUUAUUAUUAUUAUUUUUUUUUAACGAAAGUCGAGUUCUUUGGAAUCAUUUAAGAAAUUUGGAAAGAAUUUGGGUUUGUUAAAAAAAGAACAAAUCUUGUAUGCUGUUUCUGUACUUUUUGUAUUGUCGUAUGAACUGAAUUUGUAACUAAUUGAUUGUUUUUCUUGCUGUUU